CACUCCGGUCCCGGGUCAUCUGUCCACACCGUGUCCUCCAAGGCUACAGGCUGGCGCUUCAUAGCGGACUCCAUUACCCAGCAUGCCCCGUGGCGCGCGUUGCCUGGUUACGGGACUGUUAGCCGUGGCGGCUAGCAGCUAGCAGCUAGCAGCGUCUGACUGCGGGCUGUGAGCGAAGGAGGACCGAGCCGGGAGGACCGGGAGGACCGGGAGUCCACCGGGAGGACCAGGAGGACCGGGAGUCCACUGGGAGGACCAGGAGAACCGGGAGGACCAGGAGGACCGGGAGGACCGGGACUGCACCAGGACUUCACCGUCCGAGGAGGCGGAGGAGCGUCUCGGCCGGGGCCCUGCUCCCGGUAGCCCCGCCCCGGGCCCGGGCCCAUGAGGCGGGCCGGCCGGGCCGCCGCGGACCGGCUGCUGCUGGACAACCAGCCGUACGACGAGAGCCUGGAGCUGGACGGAGAGGACGAGGACAGCCGGGACAGCCGGGACAGCCCGAGUCCCGGGCCGCGCCAGCAGGGGUCUCUGAGCAGCUCGUCCUCCAGGAGACGCAGAGUCUUCAGCCUGAUGUCCACCAACAGCAGCAGCGGGGAGUCGGAGCGCCGGGCCGAGGUCAAAGGUCAGCCGGGGACGAGUCCCGAGGAGGAGGAGGAGGAGGAGGAGGAGGAGGAGGAGACUGACGAAGACGACUCUGAGGACGAGGACACGGCGGCAGGUCCAGAGGGACAGUACGACCCGGCCGAGUACGCCAACCUGCCGGUUACCACGGAGAUCCGGGACCUGUUCAAGUACAUCAGCAGGUUCUCCCCUCAGUCUCUGGAGCUGGAUCACACUCUGAAGCCGUUCAUUCCAGACUUUAUUCCAGCUGUUGGAGACAUUGAUGCAUUCCUGAAGGUUCCACGGCCCGAUGGGAAAGCGGACGUUCUGGGUUUGGAGGUUCUGGAUGAACCGAGUGUGAAACAGUCUGAUCCCACCGUGAUGUCACUGUGGCUGUCUGAGGACAGCCGGCAGCACACCGCGCAGGUGAAGGUGAGCAGCGUCCCCUGUCCCCAGUCCAACCCGCGGCUGGUGGACAGCUGGGUGGACAGCAUCAGCGCGCUGCACCGGUCCAAGCCGGCGGCCAGCGUGGCGUACGGCCGCCGCGUGCCGGACGUGGACGCGCUGAUGCAGGAGUGGCCGGCGCGGCUGGAGGAGCGGCUGCGGCGGCUGCGCCUGCCGCCGGCGCGGCUGCGCUGCGGCCUGGACCGCUACGUGGACCUGGUCUGCGCCCUGCUGGACGUCCCCGUGUACGGCUCCCGCAUCCAGUCGCUGCACCUGCUCUUCAGCCUGUACCUGGAGUUCAGAGACUCCGCCCACUUCGUGCACAGGGCGCAGUGACCCCGCCCACCGCGGCCUGCGGCUCACUGGCCCCGCCCACACGGCCUGCAGCUCACUGGCCCCGCCCACCGCGGCCUGCAGCUCACUGGCCCCGCCCACACGGCCUGCGGCUCACUGGCCCCGCCCACACGGCCUGCAGCCCCGCCCACCCUUGUCUGCUCUUUCUACUCUUCCUGUUUUCUCCCAAUAAAACAA